AUGGUCAGUCCAAAUUGGGUUCCUCCAUUCAGGCUACUAGCGGUUACCUUAUCAUCUUUGAAGCUAGGACCAGCAUUCCCACCAUGGCUUAGAUCACAGACAAGCCUUGAAAUCCUUCAGAUUAGAAAUGCAAGCAUAGCUACAAUCCCAGAAUGGUUUUGGGUUUCAUUUUCAAGGGCAAUGUUUGUGGAUCUGAUGGAUAAUCACUUAACAGGCACACUACCAGCAAGGUUGGAAUUUAUGGCAGCAGAUGUAAUGAUAUUAUCCAAUAACAGACUUACCGGUGCGGUUCCAAAAUUUCCGAGAAAUAUUACAUACAUGGACCUAUCAAGAAAUUCUUUUGGGACAUUGCCGUCAGAUUUUAGAGCCCCACACUUAGAGGCUCUUAUUCUUUAUAACAACUCAAUAUCAGGCCCCAUUCCAUCUUCAUUAUGUUCAUUGUCACAGUUGGUUAUGCUAGACCUAUCAGGGAAUAACCUCACAGGAGAAGUUCCAAGUUGCCAAGAGGGUUCAGUCAACCCACUGCUGCAUAAUCUUAUGGUGGUAAAUUUAAAUACCAACAACCUCUCUGGAGAGUUCCCAAGAGUUCUCCAAAACUGUCAUUACCUCGCACUUGUAGAUCUUUCAUAUAACAGAUUUUCAGGAGACAUACCUGCCUGGAUAGGGGUGAAGUUACCGAACUUAGCAUUGUUACGUCUGCGGUACAAUAUGUUUUCCGGCCAAAUUCCUAUUGAAAUUGGAAAGAUUCAAGAGCUACAGUUCUUAGAUCUUGCCCACAACAAGUUCUCUGGCAGCAUUCCGGACUCACUAGUUCACUUGAGUGCAAUGGCCCGUACUUCUGGAUAUAGUUAUGUUCUCAACUCUGUCAUCCGUGCUGGACGAGGGCCUCAUUUGUACAACUCAAUAUAUGUAGUAGGUUUUUUCAUAGAAAAGGAAUCUUUUCUUACUAAAGGGCAACAACUUGAAUUUUCUGAACAAAUCCCAUACAUGGUGGUUCUUGAUAUGUCGUGCAACAAUUUAACUGGAGCUAUCCCUCAAGAUAUUGGUGCUCUAAUUGGAUUAAGAAGUCUGAACUUUUCAUGGAACAACUUAAGAGGUGCAAUUCCUGAGAAAAUUGGUGGGCUCCAGCAAUUGGAAUCUCUUGACCUGUCAAACAAUGAGCUAUCAGGCCAAAUCCCUUCAAGCAUGACAGGUCUUACCUCUUUGAGCCAUAUGAACCUGUCAUACAACAAUCUUUCUGGAAAGAUACCAACUAAUAAUCAAUUCCAGACUUUUGACGCAUCUGACUACAUUGGGAACAUUGGUUUAUGUGGUUACCCCUUGACGAACAACUGUACAGGAAAUAGUUCAAGUGGACCUACAAAUGCAGAUCAUGGAGAUGGAUCCGAUGAUAUAUCCCUUUACCUUGGUUUGGCUGUUGGGUAUAUCCUUGGCCUUUGGGUGGUCUUCUGUGUGCUGUUGUUUAAAAAAAGAUGGAGCACUGCUUAUUUCGUAUUUGUGGAAGGGCUGCAGGACAAGAUUUAUGUGGCAAUGGUACUGAGAUGGGCCAAUUUGAAGAGGAAAGUAGGUGAAACUUAA